UUGGACCUACCGUAUAGGACGUUCUAUCUCUCUCUCUCUGAGCUCGCCUCCUGCAUUAAUCCAGUCUAGCCCCCUCCUCUCUCUCCUCCCUCCUCCCUCCUCACUCCCCUACCCUUGGCUGGCAGACCGACUGACGCACCACUGUGUACCAGGCCCUGUUGUUAGAACCCACCCAGCCAUAGCCCUGACUGUGGUGGUCUAGCUCUCUCCAUUUCUCUCUAUUGCUCGGUGCGGAUACUCCCUGCAUGGAUACACUGAGGGAGGCUGUUAGCUGAUAUUAACGGAAGGAAAAAUAUCAAGGAGGAACGCACUGCGGUUGUUGAAUUCGAGGUGGUUUGGUGUCAGGUGUCUACCUGGCGACAAGCCCCUCCCCUCCUGACUGAACUCCUCUAUAAACACGUCGCCCCCCACUGACAGGAAGCAUGGCGGGGGCUUCAGUGAAAGUGGCGGUCCGGGUCCGUCCCUUCAACUCUCGAGAGAUCGGGAAGGAGAGCAAGUGCAUCAUCCAGAUGACAGGGAACACCACAACGAUCCUAAACCCCAAACAGCCGAAGGAGAACAAGAGCUUCAACUUCGACUACUCCUACUGGUCACAUACCACGCCGGACGACAUCAACUAUCAUUCACAGAAGCAAGUGUACAAAGACAUUGGAGAGGAGAUGUUGCUGCAUGCCUUUGAGGGCUACAACGUGUGUAUCUUUGCAUAUGGCCAGACUGGAUCUGGGAAGAGCUACACCAUGAUGGGCAAGCAGGACCAGAAGGACCAGCAAGGCAUUAUCCCUCUGCUGUGUGAGGACCUCUUCACCAAGAUCAGUGAUAGCAAUACUGACAACAGCUUGUCCUACUCCGUAGAGGUGAGCUACAUGGAGAUCUACUGUGAGCGUGUGCGUGACCUGCUGAACCCGAAGAACAAAGGGAACCUGCGUGUGAGAGAGCACCCCCUGAUGGGGCCCUACGUGGAGGACCUGUCCAAACUGGCCGUCACCUCCUACAACGACAUCCAGGACCUCAUGGAGUCUGGCAACAAGGCCAGGACGGUGGCAGCCACUAACAUGAACGAGACCAGCAGCCGCUCUCACGCUGUCUUCAACAUCAUCUUCACUCAGAAGAAACACGACAUGGAUUCAGAGAACACGUCUGAGAAGGUGAGCAAGAUCAGCCUGGUGGAUCUGGCUGGGAGUGAGAGAGCUGACUCUACAGGAGCCAAAGGAACCAGGCUGAAGGAAGGAGCAAAUAUCAACAAAUCUCUAACCACACUGGGAAAAGUCAUCUCUGCUUUAGCUGAAGUGGACACGGCACCAAAUAAGAACAAGAAGAAGAAGAAAGUGGAGAACCAUAUCCCAUACAGAGACUCAGUGCUGACCUGGCUGCUGAGAGAGAACCUGGGGGGUAACUCUCGCACUGCCAUGGUGGCAGCCCUCAGCCCUGCUGAUAUCAACUAUGACGAGACCCUGAGCACCCUCAGGUAUGCAGACCGCGCUAAGCAGAUCCGCUGUAACGCUGUUAUCAACGAGGACCCCAACAACCGUCUGGUGCGUGAGUUGAAGGAGGAGGUGUGUCGCCUCAAGGACCUCCUCUAUGCUCAGGGCCUGGGAGAUAUCAUAGACACAUAUCGAUGUCCUGAUCCUGUGAUAGCUGGUUUGAAAACCUUUCAGCCUGGAGAAUAUUCUGCAAACUUGUGUGAUUACAACAACUUUGUCAAUAAUCGCCAGGCUGUCAAUCAAAUGGGUGAUCUAUCCACAGUGACCAAUGCCAUGACUGGGAUGAGCCCCUCUCCCUCACUCUCCGCUCUGUCCAGCCGCGCGUGCUCCAUGGCAAACCUGCACGACCGCAUCUUCAGCCCCGCCUCCGAGGAGGCCAUAGAGAGACUCAAGGAAACAGAGAAAAUCAUUGCAGAGCUCAAUGAGACAUGGGAGGAGAAGCUGCGCCGUACUGAAGAUAUCCGGAUGCAGAGGGAAGCCCUACUGGCUGAGAUGGGUGUGGCCAUGAGAGAGGAUGGAGGCACCGUGGGCGUGUUCUCCCCCAAGAAGACCCCUCACCUGGUGAACCUAAACGAGGACCCAUUGAUGUCUGAGUGCUUACUCUACUACAUCAAAGAUGGGACCACCAAGGUGGGUCGUGAGGACGCCAGAAGUCGCCAGGACAUCGUGCUCAGCGGCCAUUUUAUCCAGGACGAGCACUGCACCUUCAGCAGCACCACAGGCCCCGGGGGAGAAGAUGAUGAUGACACAGGGAACGUCAUCCUGGAGCCCUGCGAGGGGGCGGAGAUCUAUGUCAACGGGAAACUGGUGACCACGCCUACUCUGCUUCGCUCAGGGAACCGCAUUAUCAUGGGGAAGAGCCAUGUGUUCCGCUUCACUAACCCGGAGCAGGCGCGACAGGAGCGGGAGAGGACGCCCUGCGCUGAGACCCCCGUGGAGCCCGUGGACUGGGCCUUCGCCCAGAGAGAGCUGUUGGACAAACAGGGCAUCGACAUGAAGCAGGAGAUGGAGUCAAGGCUUCAAGAGUUAGAAGAUCAGUACCGCAGAGAACGAGAGGAGGCCAGUAACCUUCUGGAACAACAGAGACUGGACUAUGAGAGUAAACUGGAGGCCCUGCAGAAACAGGUGGACAGAAACUCCCGUUGCCUGGAGCCCCCAGAGGAAGAGGAGGAGCCUGAGGAAGAAGUUUUUCCCAUAGUUCCAUGGACCAAGUGUGAGACGGAGCUUGCACUGUGGGCAUUCCGUAAGUGGCGUUUCUACCAGUUUACCUCCCUCAGGGACCUGCUGUGGGGAAACGCCAUCUUCCUCAAGGAAGCCAACGCCAUCAGUGUGGAGCUCAAGAAGAAGGUCCAGUUCCAGUUUGUGCUGCUGACCGACACACUGUACUCCCCACUGCCCCCGGACCUGCUGCCCCACAGCGUGACCAAGGAGAGGGAGAGACAGCCCUUCCCCCGCACCAUUGUAGCAGUGGAGGUCCAGGACCAGAAGAACGGGGCCACACACUACUGGACCCUGGAGAAACUCAGGCAGAGGCUGGACCUGAUGAGGGAGAUGUACGACCGUGCGGCGGAGGUGCCUAGCAGCACUGUGGAGGACUGUGACCAGGCCCUGACCGGGGGAGACCCCUUCUAUGACCGCUUCCCAUGGUUCCGUCUGGUGGGCAGGGCCUUUGUGUACCUGAGUAACCUGCUGUACCCCGUGCCCCUGGUGCACCGUGUGGCCAUCGUCAGUGAGAAGGGAGAGGUGAAGGGCUUCCUCAGGGUGGCAGUCCAGGCCAUCUCAGCUGAUGAAGAAGCCCCUGACUAUGGCUCUGGUGUCAGACAGUCAGGAACUGCCAAGAUCUCCUUUGAGGACCAACAGUUUGAGAAGGUAGAAUCAUUCCAGACAGAGUCGUGUUCUGGCAGCAUGUCCCACUCUAACACCUCCCAAGAGGAGCUCCGCUUUGUUGAGGGGGAGGGACAGACCUCUGACAUAGGAGCUGACCCUGACGAGGUCAACAACAACACCUGUGCUGACUUGUCCCCCAUCACAGCCACUCCGGAGGCCCCUCAGAGCCCGUUAAAGGGGGUUCUGGGUCUGGAACUACCCCUGGAGCUGAACCAGGAGAAGGCCCUGUCCCACCUCCGCAUCGGAUCCACUUUCACCUUCAGGGUCACCGUGCUGCAAGCCUCCAGCAUCUCUGCUGAAUAUGCCGAUAUCUUCUGCCAGUUCAACUUCAUCCACCGACAUGACGAGGCGUUCUCCACUGAGCCACUGAAGAACACUGGCAGGGGACCUCCUCUGGGAUUCUACCAUGUACAGAAUAUCACGGUAGAGGUCACCAAGUCAUUUGUGGAGUAUAUCAAGACCCAGCCCAUCGUCUUCGAGGUGUUUGGUCACUACCAGAAACAGCCGUUCCCACCUCUCUGCAAAGACCUCAUCAGUUCACACUUUUUUUACAGUCCCCUUCGACCUUCUAGGAGGCAAUUCCCGAGGGUCAUGCCCUUGUCUAAACCAGUGCCGGCCACCAAGCUAAACACCUUGACUCGCUCCAUGGCAGGCCCAUGUCACUCCAAAUAUGACCUCAUGGCCUUCUUUGAGAUCUGUGAGCUGGAGGCCAACGGAGACUAUAUCCCUUCAGUGGUGGACCACAGAGGUGGCAUGCCUUGCCAUGGAACCUUCCUCCUUCACCAGGGCAUCCAGAGGAGAAUCACAGUUACCAUAGCACACGAGACAGGAAAUGACGUAGAGUGGAAGGAGGUCAAGGAGCUGGUGGUGGGGCGUAUCCGGAAUACUCCGGAGGCUGACGAGACCAUCAUUGACCCAAACAUCCUCUCCCUCAACAUCUUGUCUGCAGGCUACGUCUGGCCCUCGUAUGACGACAAUGUUUCCCUGGGAGUUGACCAUAGGACGUUUUACCGGUUUGAGGCAGCAUGGGACAGCUCCAUGCACAACUCCCUCCUUCUGAACCGCGUCACUCCCUAUGGAGAGAAGAUCUACAUCACCCUCUCAGCCUACCUAGAGAUGGAGAACUGCACCCAGCCGACGGUGAUCACCAAAGACUUCUGUAUGGUGUUCUACUCCCGUGACGCCAAGCUCCCCGCCUCUCGCUCCAUUAGAAACCUUUUCAGCACCGGCUGCCUAAGGCCCUCAGAGAGCAACCGUGUCACUGGAGUGUAUGAAGUCAGUCUCUGCCAUGUCGCCGAUGCCGGAAGUCCAGGCAUGCAGCGGCGGCGCCGGCGCGUCUUGGACACUUCAGUGGCAUACGUCCGUGGAGAGGAGAACCUGGCUGGGUGGAGGCCCCGUAGCGACAGCCUCAUCCUGGACCACCAGUGGGAGCUGGAGAAACUCAGCCUGCUGCAGGAGGUAGAGAAGACCAGGCAUUACCUGCUACUGCGGGAGAAACUAGAGGCCACCCUGGCCGCGGGGCAGGACGCGCUCUGCAAGAGUGGCGACAUCAGCGACUUUGCCAAGAGCCCCAUCCUCAGCUACAGCCUCGGGGGCAGUCCUGCCCUGGAAAGCCCCAGCCAGAGGCAAAGGGAGCUGGCUGCCAAGUGUCUGCGGUUGCUCAUGCACACCUUCAACAGGGAGUACAGCCAGGUGAGCAGCAGUGCCAGUGAGAGCAAGCUGUCUGAGAUGUCAGCGUUGCUGAUGUCACCGUCCUCUUCUGGUCUGAGCACGCUAACGCCGUCCUCUACUUGCCCCUCAUUGGUGGAGGGACAUUAUGACAUCAGACACAUUGAGCCCAGCUCUGGAGCUUCAACCCCAGACCUGGACCCCUUUAGCCCUGUAGAUAGGAAGAGGAUCCCGGGUAGAGGCUGCACUUUCGUCCCUGACAUCCAGGAGAUCCGCGUCAGCCCCAUCGUGUCGAAGAAAGGCUACCUGCACUUCCUGGAGCCUCACACCAGUGGCUGGGUGAAGCGCUACGUGGUGGUACGCCGGCCCUACGUCUACCUGUACCGCAACGAGAGGGACAAUGUGGAGCGCGCUGUCAUCAACCUCUCCUCUGCCCAGGUGGAAUACAGCGAGGACAAGCAGACUCUGCUCCGGACUCCAAACACAUUUGCAGUGUGCACCGAGCAUCGUGGAAUACUUCUCCAAGCCAGUAAUGACAAGGAGAUGCACGACUGGCUGUAUGCUUUUAACCCCCUGCUCGCCGGAACUAUCAGGUCUAAGCUCUCCAGAAGAAAGUCAGGCCCAAGGAUGUGAGAGAGAGGAACACGCCCGGGGGGGGGGGGGAGAAAACAAAAAAACAACACAAUCUCAAAGCUCCACUGACCCUCUCCUGUAUAUAGUUCAUCUAAACAGCUCUCCCUGUCCUUACAGUGCUCCAUCCUGUCGCUGAUACUUCCCCAAACUGCACUUAAAACCAUCCCAGCUGAUGCCCUAUUUGAAGCCUCUUCCUGGUUACCUGGAACAUGCACAGUUUAAACUACCCAUUAAACACCCUUAAUGUAAGACUUAACUAACAACCCAACCCUGUGUAGUGGGGCUUACCCCUGCUGGCUGUAUUGUGCCUGGUUGUGACACCCCAUUGUCAUGUGCAUGUAAACUUUACCGUUAUCUAACAUGCUAACAGUCCCCAUAGGGUUUCUCCAAACAAAGAGAAACGUUAUAGUGUAUAAGUUUUAGUCCAAGUUGUUAUCAGUUCCAAUGGCCUGCUACUUACUACCGCCCCACUCUAACUGUACAUUAUACCCCAGAUCAAAAACACUCAUGUAUUUCUUAUAAACACUGUAGACUGAUAAGAAAAAUAUUAAUGGUGACAUGGUAUAUUCCCUUUUCUAGUCCUCUCAUAAGAGAUAUCUGUUUCUGUGUGUGUGUUCUCAUGUUAAAACAGCAUAUCCACAUUUACCUCAUGUUGAAAUGGCUGCCAGUCGCAUACUGUAACUCGUUGUCGGUGCAUCUGUUUUGUAUCCAAGGUUUUAGACAGUAUAGGAUGAACGUGAUAUAUCCAGGUUUUAGACAGUAUAGGAUGAACGUGAUAUAUCCAAGGUUUUAGACAGUAUAGGAUGAACGUGAUAUAUCCAAGGUUUUAGACAGUAUAGGAUGAACGUGAUAUAUCCAAGGUUUUGGAUAGUAUACAGUGGGAUAGAAGUGGGGUGCUGUAAUAGUUGGAUAAUGUAAUGGACAGAUUAGGAUAAUGGGGAUAUGAUAGGGCAAUUGGAUGACUCUUUGCCUUCCAUGCUUGGAGAAUGGCGAGUUCACUGUGUUGAUAUUUCAUAGUAACAUGUUUGUAGAGCAUUAGGCAAUAUAAUACGCCAGCUGCCUGACUCACACUGGAGAGCAAUGUGUCCUUGACCGUUUACAUAUUCUUUGUGUAUAUACAUUAUUUAUUUGUUAUUUUAGUUUUAUUUAUUUAUCACUGACCAGUUUAAUUUAUUUGUAUGGGACCACUGACCAGUUAAUGUAUUUGUAUGGGACCACUGACUAGUUCAAUUUAUUUGUGGGGGACCACUGACCAGUUUAAUUUAUUUGUGUGGGAUCACUGACCAGUUUAAUUUAUUUGUGUGGGAUCACUGACCAGUUUAAUUUAUUUGUGUGGGAUCACUGACCAGUUUAAUUUAUUUGUGUGGGAUCACUGACCAGUUUAAUUUAUUUGUGUGGGAUCACUGACCAGUUUAAUUUAUUUGUGUGGGAUCACUGACCAGUUUAAUUUAUUUGUGUGGGAUCACUGACCAGUUUUGUCGCAUGGCACUUUAUUGUUGCAUUAUAUCAACUUUAUUCUCUUGAGUUGAUGUCUGUCCCAUUCACUCAGUUGUUUUUAACCAAAGCAGUCCAAUCUAUUUAAAAUAGUGAAGAUAUCCUCUGUCAUGUAGACUUAAAAAAUGUCUCCUAGGUUUUAGUGAGAUAUUAAUGUAAUCCUUUGCGAAACCUACGAUUCUGCUAUUGGCCCUGAAUGUUUGUUUAUAAGUGAAAUAUUCCACGUGGAUACACUAAGAAUGGCUCCUCUCCAGCAAGAGGAUGUUUUUUGCGUUCUAUGGUGGUGGGUUACUUUGCGUUCUAUGGUGGUGGGUUACUUUGCGUUCUAUGGUGGUGGGUUACUUUGCGUUCUAUGGUGGUGGGUUACUUUGCGUUCUAUGGUGGUGGGUUACUUUGCCUUCUAUGGUGGUGGGUUACUUUGCCUUCUAUGGUGGUGGGUUACUUUGCCUUCUAUGGUGGUGGGUUACUUUGCCUUCUAUGGUGGUGGGUUACUUUGCCUUCUAUGGUGGUGGGUUACUUUGCCUUCUAUGGUGGUGGGUUACUUUGCGUUCUAUGGUGGUGGGUUACUUUGCCUUCUAUGGUGGUGGGUUACUUUGCCUUCUAUGGUGGUGGGUUACUUUGCGUUCUAUGGUGGUGGGUUGCUUUGCGUUCUAUGGUGGUGGGUUACUUUGCGUUCUAUGGUGGUGGGUUACUUUGCGUUCUAUGGUGGUGGGUUACUUUGCGUUCUAUGGUGGUGGGUUACUUUGCGUUCUAUGGUGGUGGGUUACUUUGCCUUCUAUGGUGGUGGGUUACUUUGCCUUCUAUGGUGGUGGGUUACUUUGCGUUCUAUGGUGGUGGGUUACUUUGCCUUCUAUGGUGGUGGGUUACUUUGCCUUCUAUGGUGGUGGGUUACUUUGCCUUCUAUGGUGGUGGGUUGCUUUGCGUUCUAUGGUGGUGGGUUACUUUGCGUUCUAUGGUGGUGGGUUACUUUGCGUUCUAUGGUGGUGGGUUGCUUUGCGUUCUAUGGUGGUGGGUUACUUUGCGUUCUAUGGUGGUGGGUUACUUUGCCUUCUAUGGUGGUGGGUUGCUUUGCGUUCUAUGGUGGUGGGUUACUUUGCGUUCUAUGGUGGUGGGUUACUUUGCGUUCUAUGGUGGUGGGUUGCUUUGCGUUCUAUGGUGGUGGGUUACUUUGCGUUCUAUGGUGGUGGGUUACUUUGCGUUCUAUGGUGGUGGGUUACUUUGCGUUCUAUGGUGGUGGGUUACAGUACAUCGAAUCAUUUAAAAGAACGCUGUGAUUAUACUCUAUUGAUAGGUUAGUGGGAUAUUUUUUACCUUUUUUCCGCCAGUCGAGUUGUCUGAAAGUGCAUCGCUAUGCACCAGGUAGUGCCUCCCUUUCUCCACUUCGCUCUCUCUUUUUCCUGUUUUUCAUCAAGUCCACACUUUAAUAUCAUUGACGUCCACCACAUUAGCUCAAUGUUACAUGUAUCGAAGCAAGCUUGUAUUUACUCUGAUGCUAUGAACCUAAUAUUGAUGCCGUGUGUCCAUAUGUUUCUAUUUUGACUAAUAUGUGUACAGUCUAUAGACUACACUAGCUUCUUGUGUAAAGUAGCAGCUAACAUCCUCUGCUUUGCUUUUGUAUAGCUGUUUUACAGCCUGGUGCUUGUGUCAGAAGCCUAUACAGUAUGAACCUGUAGAUGUUAUGAAGUCGCACAUCCUGGAGACUUUGGCUGUGGUUUAUUGCUGCUGUGACCAUUCUUUCACACCCAGAUGACCACAAACUGCUAUCUGAAACGAGAAUAGUCCAAAGGGAAUCAAGGUGGCACUGCCGACUGAAGCAAAGUGACUCUUCAGUGCUACGUUGGUCUAGCAGCCGUAGGAGAUGGACAAUUUCAAACUGAAGUUGCCUGUUGUCUCGUAGUCUGAGUGUUGUAUGCUUUUGUACGUCCUUUUGCUUUAUUGAAAACCAAGCGUUAGUGUUGUGUUUACAGCAACAUCAUGUGUCAGUGCAGCAGACCAGCCAUGGCCAGACAGCCAAUUGGAUCAUGUCCUACUGUUGUUCCUUGUUUGUAUGGCGAGGUUCGUGUUUUGGUCAAACACAAUUCUCCCAUCUAACACACAGUGUUGGGUUUUUAUGCAUGCCUUAGGCCUGCCAACCUACAGAGCAUGCUCAGAUAGACACAGCAAGGGAGCAACAUGCAAGACAUGGCAUAUAUACACAUCACACAUGAUGUUCCUCAAAUGAUGUUUAAUAAGCGCUUAUAUCCUCAAUUAUGAACAUAUCUUCUUAUAUCCUUCCUAUAAGGAAUAUAUUGCGUAUAUACUGCAGUGCAAUAAUUGAGAGUUGAUUGGUUUCAGUGGAAAAUCACACAGUUCUUUGUUUUCUGUUUCUAGAAUGCUGAAACUUAAAUACAACCUAUCACAAGAUAAAUACUAUGAACUACUUAAAAUACAACCUAUCACUGGGUUUCAUAUUGUGGAUCCGUUUUUUUUUUUUUGUCAUUUAGCAGACACUCGUUUCCUGAGCGUCUUACAUGAGCAGUUAAGGUUAAGUGCCUUGCUCCAGGUCACAUCUAUAGAUGUUUUUUUCUCACCUUGUUGGCUCGGGGAUAAGCAAUCUUUUGCUUACUGGCCCAACGCUCUUAACCACUAGGCUACCUGCCGACCCAGUUGUGGUCAUCUUGGUGUGUGUUGUAUGCAAUUUUUUACUUUGGUGUACACUGGUAUGCCACUAUUUUGCCUGCUCGACCAAUGGAAGAAAAGAAAGCUUUAUUUAUGAAUUAUUGUUUCUAUUUGGAGGUGGAUUACGUGAGUAGGGAAUAUUAGGGCUAUUGAAUUGUCAUACUCAUCACAUCAUCAUUUAUCAUAUUAAGAAUGUACAGAAUGCAUAAGAUUGUUUGGGGGUUACAAUAUUAUCCCUCAAAAGAAGGAGAUGUUGUUUUGUUUGAAACUGUACUAUUGUCGCUUUAGCGUUUAGCGUCUACUAACUCUUAACUCUACUUCUUAAAACUAGGAUACUUCUUAAAACUAGGGUACAUCUUAAAACUAAGAUGCUUCUUAAAACUAGUAUACUUCUUAAAAUCAGGGUACUUCUUAAAACUAGGAUACUUCUUAAAACCAGGGUACUUCUUAAAACUAGGGUACUUCUUAAAACUAAGAUGCUUCUUAAAACUAGGACACUUCUUAAAACUAGGACACUUCUUAAAACUAGGGUACUUCUUACAGCUAGGAUAUCUGAAGUUCCGUCCUCAAAGAAGAAGUUAAAACGGCGCAUUUGAAGUUCCGUGAGCCGGCUAUAUAUACAAAUACAGAUGGAUUCUGUUACUGCUUUGACAGCUUUUUUAUGUAGCAUUACAUUUCCUGGAUCCAAGCAUGCGGAUCUGCCUCUUCUUCACACAGCUCUCUCUUUCCCUCACUGCUUGCUAAUGACGCCCUAUCCCCCUCAGUGCAGCUCUGUAUAGAAACAGCCCCGUAUACUAAACGCCCGCCUAAAUGACUCUGCAUUGACCUUGGCAUUUGAUUGGCUCUUGUCUUGUCAAUAAUGAACCUGAUUGGCUGUGGUGGGUCUGAUCGCACAGAUGUAACCCCCGUUCCAUAAUAACUGGCCUGUGAUGUCAUCUCAGUGCUCACGUUAUCUUUUGAGUGUUGGAGUUCUAGUGUCUUCUAAUGUUUGUGGACACGUAAACAAUUUGUCAGAAUAAAGUGAAAUAAAUGUGGAACUUAUGCAACA